AUGACCAAACCGACCAUAUCAAUGCUCGAAGCGAUCACUCAAACAACGCUCCUUGACGAUGUCUUCUGUGAAGACCCGGUGACAAACGACCUCCAGGCCUAUGUAGCCCAACGCACCAACCACGAAGAUGCAUUGCUCGUCAUGUCCGGCACAAUGGGUAACCAGGUCGCGAUUCGAACUCACCUCGUGCAGCCGCCUUAUUCCGUGAUAUGCGAUCGCCGUUCCCAUAUCGUCUGCCACGAAGCGGGAGGAGUCAGUUCGUUGACCGGUGCGACGGUCCAACCCAUCGAUGCCAAAAAUGGCAGCUAUCUCACCCUGGAGGAUAUCCAGAAAUAUGCAGUGCUUGACGACGACAUCCACCAUUGUCCCACGAAGCUGAUCAGUCUGGAAAACACCUUAGACGGCAGGGUUUUACCGCUCGCGGAGGCUCGUAGGAUUACAGAAUGGGCGCAUGCGAACGGAAUCAAGGUGCAUUUGGACGGGGCAAGGCUCUGGGAAGCGGUAGUGUCCGGGGCCGGUAGUUUACCGGAGUAUGCCAGUUUGUUUGACAGCGUGAGCUUGUGUUUCUCCAAGGGUCUCGGAGCGCCUAUUGGUAGUAUUAUUGUUGGGUCCAGGGAGUUUAUUAAGAAAGCUAGGUGGUUCCGCAAAGCUAUUGGAGGUGGUGUCCGACAAGCAGGGGUACUCGCUGCCGCAGCCCGGGUGGCUCUCGAUGAGACCUUUGGCACAGACCCUCAUGGUCAGGAUGGAAAGCUCCGGGAAACGCAUACUAAGGCAAAGAAAGUCACGGAGAUGUGGCAAAACCUAGGCGGCAAGCUGUCACAGCCAACAGAGACUAACAUGGUGUGGCUGGACCUUGACGCGGCUGGGCUGGGACCCAAUGACUUGGGAGAGAUAGGAAAGGAAAAGGGGCUGAAGCUGUUGGGCAAUCGGAUUGUUAUCCACUACCAGGUAUCGGAGGAGGCCAUUGCGCGUCUAGGGGAGGUGUUUGAAUUGGCUAUGAGUGGGAACUAUCAACGUAGCACAGAUAAAAGUUUACCGUACGGUAGCAGGUAG